GGCAGUAAUACAACACCAAUGAUGUAAGCUGCUGUUGAACCUGAAAGAAGAAGAAGAGGAAGACAAACAGACAGGAGUGUGCCAGAAAUGAGUUGCAAUUUCCACCUCCUGGUUUCCCGCAGUGACAUCUACCAUGGCCGUUUUCUGCUUGUCUUGUCUCGACAGUCCGUGUUGCUCAGAGCUCUCAGCACUGGGCCCCAGAUCAGCCGCAGCCUGCAGGAGAGCUACAGGCUUCUGCAACUGCCUGACCAGGGACAUAGCAGUCCUGGGCAGGUGAAAGAGGCCUACUUGCGCCUAGCCAAGCUUUACCACCCGGACUCUGGGGCUCCGACUGCAGACGCAGUGCUGUUUGCUCGGGUGGAGGAGGCCUACCGUGCUGUGCUGGCGCAUCAGAGCAAGACCAAGCAACCUGAUGGAGGAAAGGAAGCAGAAGAGGAGGAGUCCAGAGGUACAGCACUUCCACACAGACACUACCUCAGCUACGAGGGUGUGGGUUCAGGCACACCCAGCCAGCGUGAACGUCAGUACAGGCAGAUUCGUAUCGACCGGGCAUCUGAGCAGGUUUUGAAUUACCGACAGAGGGAGCAUGAGAGGGCAGCUGCUGCCGAGGGGGCGCUGGUGGAAAGGGACAUGCGUCAGCGCAGCCGAAAGGUCCAGAUCACCCAGGCUGUGGAACGGCUUGUGGAAGACCUGAUCCAAGAGUCCAUGGCCCGAGGAGACUUCAGGAACCUGAGUGGAGCUGGAAAGCCCCUCAACAAGUUUGAGCACAAUCCUUAUGCUGAUCCAAUGACCCACAACCUCAACCGCAUUCUCAUAGAUAAUGGCUACCAGCCACCCUGGGUUGUCACACAACGCGACAUCCGAGAGACCACUGCUCAGAUUCGAAAUAGGUUAUUGGAUGGUAGGGUCAGGCUCGGUGACCCCAUGACCUCCAAAGAGCACAGGCAAUGGGAGCAGCUGUGUGCAUCUGUAGAGGAGGAGUUAGUGAAACUUAACAAGAUGGUGGACAAUUACAACCUCAUAGUACCGAUGCUCAACAUGCAAAUGGUUCACUUUAGUUUGUCACGAGAGAUUGACCGUGCUGUGAAAGGAGCCUGCCAGCACCGACUGGACCAGCAGAGAGAGAGAGACAAUGAGAGAGAGAGGAGGAAGGAGGAGAAGAAACAAGCCAUUGCAGUAACCACACCUAAAAAUACCAAACAAGACCUGAUGUCUUGGAUGAAGGCUUUGCUCAGAUUAACACACUAACACUCUGACUCUAAGUGAACAGGACAGUGAUUUGAGAUCAGUGGUUUAUUUGUCAACCAAUAAUUACAGUCCAUGGGACUAUUUCACACUUGUUCACCUGCUUAUUUCUGUGUAUGUCAGACACAAUAUUGCCACCAAUUUUACUCUGUGUUACAACCGUAUUGAGCAAUUGUAGUUGCUGUGACUGUAAAGUGUGAGGAACUGCAUGUGUUGAUAACAAAGAUUACAACAUGAACCAUUUUUAUGAUAUGAUGUGAAGUUGUUUCUGUGAAAUUACUGAUCUGAACAUACAAACCUACUUAACACUAACUGUUGGUUGCUAUGUGACAUUAAAAGUUAUGGUAAUUAUAAA